CCCCACCCGUCUCCGGUCUGCGUCACUAGCUCCUUCGGUGUUUCUGUCCGUUUGUUUGUUUCUGCACGUUUACCGGGAGAAAGACCCCCAGAACCGGCUGCUGUCCACACACACAGAGGUCCGGUUGAGGGCAGACAUUACCUGUCUCUGUUUUUUUGCUGAGUCACUCCUUCACCUGAACCCCCUGCUGUUAGUGUGACUGACUGAGAGCCUCCAUCCAUCCCUCUAUCCACAACUGCUGCUGCACUAUGAGUGUAUGAUGUCUGACAGCAGCUGCUAUGGCCUGCAGCGGUCCGGGCAAAGCUGAGACUCUGGAGGGUUUCCACGAGGUGAACCUCGCCUCCCCCACCACCCCUGACCUCCAGAACCAAGCAGAGCAGCGCCCCCCCACGCGUCACAGUGCCCCCCCCACCACUCUGUACCGCACACACUCCCUGGGAGCGCCCCCUGCUGGCCGCCCCACCUCACUGCGGGCCGACCAGCUCCCCACGCAGCCGGUCUAUUCCACCCCCCACAGCCACAAUGGAAGCUCUAACUGGCCGUUGUUGUUCCCAUGCUUACCCACAGCGCGUCAGGGCCAGGAGGCGGAGUCUCUGGACGGCCACUUCCUGUGUGCAGAGGACGGCGAGGAGUGCAGCGCUCUGAGCGAGAGUCUGUCGAGGCUCCGCAGCCCGUCUGUGAUGGAUGUCCGAGAGAAAGGAUACGAGAGGCUGAAGGAGGAACUGGUGAAGGCCCAGAGGGAGCUGAUGUUGAAGGAUGAGGAGUGUGAGAGGUUGUCUAAAGUCAGAGAUCAGCUGGGCCAGGAGCUGGAGGAGCUCACCGCCAGCCUCUUCCAGGAGGCUCACAAAAUGGUCCGAGAGGCCAACGUCAAGCAGGCCCACGCUGAGAAACAACUGAAGGAAGCCCUGGGGAAGAUUGACGUCCUGCAGGCGGAGGUGCAGGCCCUGAAGACCCUGGUGCUGUCCUCCCCCACCUCCCCCCUGGGUGAGCUCCCCUCAGUGGGGGGCGGAUCGAAGACCCCCUUCAGGAAGGGCCACAGCAGGAACAAGAGCACCUCCUCGGCCAUCAUGGGCACGCAGCCCGACCCCUCGGCCACGCAGCCAAUCGUACGCGAGUGCAGAGAGGUGGACAGUCAGCUGUUCAGCGACUUCAAGGCGUGGCGAGAGGAGCCGACGCUGGAGCGCAGCUGCUGCUUCCUGGAGAGGGUGUACCGGGAGGACAUCCACCCCUGCCUCACCUUCAGCAAGUGUGAGCUGGGCUCGGCCAUCCUGGAGGCGGUGGAGCAGAACACGCUCAGUGUCGAGCCGGUCGGGUUCCAGCCGCUGCCCGUCGUCAAAGCCUCCGCCGUGGAGUGUGGGGGACCAAAAAAAUGUGCCCUGAGCGGUCAGACCAAAACCUGUAAGCACAGAAUCAAGUUUGGAGAUUCAUCCAAUUACUACUACGUCUCUCCGUACUGUAGAUACAGAAUCACAGCAGUGUGUAACUUCUUCACCUAUAUCCGCUACAUCCAUCAAGGCCUGGUCAAACAGCAGGAUGCAGAGCAGAUGUUCUGGGAGGUGAUGCAGCUCCGCCGGGAGAUGUCCUUAGCAAAGCUCGGCUACUACAAAGACCAGCUGUGACGGACGGACAGCUCCAGCAUCCAAUCACAGCUCCCUCCCUGCAGAAGCCCCGCCCCCUGACCUUCCUCGUCCUCCUUCCUUUGUGUGAAUGUGUUUUCGUGUGUGUGUGUGUGAGAGAGAGAGUGUGAUGUUGGAGGGGAGAGUUUGGAUGCUUAAUUGCAAACACUCCACGAUAUGAAGACAUGAGGAGAGGAGUAAAAAUGUCUGAGGAGCUUCCACUAGGCUUUGUUUUCUCCCCCUCAUGUCAAAAAACCCCAAAUACAGACACAAGAUGAUCGAGAACUCUCCAGUAAGAUAUUAUUUAUUGUUAGACGGCCCCAACAAUCAUCAUGACACCGUUAUAAGCUCCUGUUUACUUUCAUCAGACAUCUAGUUCCCUUAUCUCUCCAGGGCGAGGCCGCCGCGCUGCUUCAUUUCUCUCGCCCAACACAGAAGUAUUUACAGCAACAAACUCCUUAUGACUCAUUUCAUUGUACCAGAGCUGCGAUGUUUGGUCCACUGAACUCAAUCAUUCAGAAGCUGUUUAUGCUGCUCUUCUCUGCUAUACAACUGCACGACUUUCCCCCGUUUCGGACAUUUUCAAACCAGAUAAAGGAUAAAUGUAGUCGUUGUUAUUUCUCUGCCCCCCCCCCACGUGGAGGCCUUUGGUUUCUCGUCCUUCUUCUUCACAGUCCUGAGUUCAUUUCACUACAAGAGCACAGAGCAAACAUGUCCACCUCACAGGCAGAGAGACCUACUUUAUAAUUCCUUUCAGACUUUAUGAUUUUGGGUUUCCAGAUGUAGGUGAAGGUUCAGAAAAUAAAACACUACGUCAAUAUGCUGAUUACAAAUGUGUGGGGGGGUUCCUUUUACGGGUGUUUUGAGCCUGCUGUAUUUAAUCAAUCAGGAUGACCUGUGUAGAUAUUAAGCUGUGUGUGUUAGGGUGUGUGUGUGUGUGCGCCUGCUGUUGUGUAAACUUUAUAAACAUGUUAAUUUAAA